ACACACCAACCAAUUCACAUCACAAUCACAUCUGAACGAGCUGAACGAGACAUGCACAUAUAAGGUGAUGUUUUGGAGGAAAAUGUGCAACUUUAUAUCUUAAAUCAAUGAAUUGUAGAAAAUCCGGGAAAAUAUUUGCAUUCAAUAGAAAACAUUUACAGCUUUUGACAUCACGAUGGAGGAGCAGCGCGAAAGUAAAGCAAGCCUGUUUUGGAAUUGCUCGACAGCUCUAAAGCCAGAAACCCAUGUUCAUAAACUAUUGAAAUCCUAUUAUAUGAAUAUGUGCCGUAAACUUGUUAGAAACACCAUACAAAUACCAAAGGAAAAGUUUGCCAGCACGCAAAUGUGUUCCCACUGCGGCCUGUUUUGGAGCGAAAGUGAAUUUCGCAUGAAACUGAAGUCUCAGCAUGUAACAGUGAAAGGAAAGACAAAACGGCUUAUUGAGAAGCUGCAAAAGUCAAAGGAACCCGACCAAAAGGAUUUACUUACCGGGAAACAAAGAAAACGCGCCAAAUGGUUGCAGAAGAGAGCUACCCAACAUAUAGAAAUUAAAUGUGAUCAAUGUCAACAUAAAUCCAUUGUCAAAUUGGAUAAACCCAAAAAGAAAGCAAAGAAAGUGGACGAUGUUGCAGAUGUCCAACAAGAAGCCAUUGCCUUGGAUGAAAAUGGGCCAAAAUCCAAGCCAAAGAAGAAAAAGAAAAACAAAGAUAAGGUGGCUGGCUUGAAAAUACCUCUAGACAAACAACAAGAAAAGCCAUUGCAACAACAAAAUACCAAUAAACCAAAAACACCCCAAAAGGAAAAACCACCAACAAUGACAUCGCCAUGUCCAGCACCGACUGCACAAACUCCAAAGGUAGCCCAACAGCUGACACAAACGAAUAAAACAAAGAAAAAGAAGAAACCCUCAAAUGCAACCACCACCCCGAAGGCCAGUAAUAACAACAGCAACAAAGUCCAGAAAGUUGUAUCAAAAACACAGCAACAGAAUUCCCUACUGCAAUUGGCUGCAUUGCUCAAAAAUAAUUCCUCUAACUCGGGCAAAAAUUCAACACAAAAUAGAUUGGAAGCACUGCUGAAAUAAGUUCGUUCUUCGUCCAUUAUUUGUUCACUUGGAAAAGGAUUCCAGAUUGCCAUUGAAGUGAUGACAUCCCACAAAUAAACGCUGUAGGAGGCCACAGAGAAAUGAAGGCAGUCGCAGCAGUAGCAUCAUAAACACAACGCCUAUCAAUGAGACAACAUCUCUAAUCUACAAAUCCGA